AUGCCGGAUUUUGAAAGAGUCUUGUGGAACCUUUCCUCGUGUGAUGCAGUGAAGAUGACCAUCAUCCGUGACGCUCUGUCCACGCUGACCAACACAGUCGUCAUCCCCCACUCGGGCUGGAGCAGCGUCUCGCACCGCGACGAACACAAAGUCAAGUUUCAGUCGUCCCUCCUGCUGCGAAACACCACCGGCUGUCUGAGGAACCUGAGCUCAGCAGGGGAGGAGGCGAGGAGUCAGCUGCGUUGCUGUGAAGGUCUGGUCGACUCGUUGCUCCACGUCCUCAAAGCCUGCGUCAACACAUCCGACUAUGACAGCAAGAUCGUGGAGAACAGCGUCUGCACCCUGAGGAACCUCUCGUACCGGCUGGAGGUGGAGAUGCCCUCCUCUCGUCUCCUCGGCAACCAGGAGCUGGACACCCUGCUGGGCUUCUCGUCCCCGGCCAAGGAGCUGGACUACCUCUGCUGGGGCAAGAGGAGGCGCGGCAGGAAGAGGGGCGGCUGGCCCGACGACAAGUGGGACGGCGUCGGGCCGGUCCCGGGCUUCUCGCAGCCUCUGAGGGGGGCGGAGCUGCUGUGGCACCCGAUGGUGGUGAAGCCAUACCUCAACCUGCUGGCCGAGAGCUCCAACCCGGCCACGCUGGAGGGCGCCGCGGGGUCGCUGCAAAACCUCUCAGCUGGAAACUGGAAGUUCUCAGCUUACAUCCGAGCAGCGGUGCGUAAAGAGAAAGGUCUGCCCAUCCUGGUGGAGCUGCUGAGGAUGGACAACGACCGGGUCGUCUGCUCCGUCGCCACCGCCCUCCGCAACAUGGCGCUGGACAGCCGAAACAAGGAGCUGAUAGGAAAAUACGCCAUGCGGGAUCUGGUGACCCGGCUUCCCGGCAGCAGUCCAACGGUGCUGUCGGACGAAACGGUGGCGUCGGUGUGCUGCACGCUGCACGAGGUCACCAGCCGCAACAUGGAAAACGCCAAAGCUUUAGCGGACAGCGGAGGCAUCGAGAAGCUGGUGGACAUCAGUAAAGGACGAGGGAAAGGGUACUCGAUGAAGGUGGUGAAGGCAGCAGCUCAGGUGUUGAAUACGUUGUGGCAGUACAGAGAGCUGAGGAACCUCUACAAACAGGACGGCUGGAACUACACUCACUUCGUCACUCCCGUCUCCACACUGGAGCGAGACCGCUACCUUUCACAGCCGACGCUGCCCACCAGCCCGCUGCAGAUGUCCCCCGUCAUCCAAUCAGGUGGUAGUGCAACAUCCUCGCCGGCGAUGCUCGGGAUAAGAAGACACAGUUCGAACUAUCAGAGAGCGCAGUCAUCUAUGCAACUCGACACGUAUUAUGGAGACAACAGUUUACACAAGCGGCAGUACACAGGGUCUGAGAAGAAAACUCCGUAUUUCAUUGGGACCUAUUCCUCCCAGUCAGGAGAGGACUUAAGGAGGUCCCAGCACACAGAGCCAUUUUACGACGAACCCGACAGGAAGAACUACAACAGCUACAGAAUGUACCUGUCGUCCCCACAAGGCUACGGAGAGGAGCAGUACGAGGACGAGCCGGUCCACCUGACCCCGUCCUCCCCCGACGGCUACGCCGGCCAGUCGCUCCAGUUCAAAGCCAACACCAACUACGUGGACUUCUACUCCACCACGCGGAGGCCUUCAAACAGGGCCAACAAGUUCACCGGCUCCCCCGACUCCUGGGUGUAAAAACUGAAACGGACACCGUGUACGUUGAGCUUCUGUUUCUGUGGGUGUUUGUGUGUGUGGGGGCGUGCACUGUGUGAAAGGGUGAGGAUGCAUGUGGAUGUGUGUGCAUCUGUUUUGAAACUGUGCUGAAUGACCAGGGCUGGGUUUGCCACGUGCAGCUUUUAACUCAAUAAGACCACAUGCAAAAUAAAGCAGAUAAAUCCAAACUAUUCCUCAAAGUAAAGGAAAUUCAGAUGUUUCUUUCAAAACACCUCAUAAAUGUUGAAAACAGGUAAAAAUAUACAUGUAUUACUGACUUUGAGUUACACUGUUAAACUUUUUCAUAGCAUUUUAAGUUUUUUAGGCCUAAAUGGACACAAUAAAGUCGCUGCUCUCUUGUUCUAUGCAAAAAGAGGAGAAACAGCUGGAGUGAACAAGAUUCACCAAAUAGCACUUAAUUUAAUGAGAAAUCUUAGUUUUUGAAGCUGUUUCAUCUGCACUGUCUUUUCUCACUGAAGUAAUGCAGCCUAACAACAGACAAUGGUAGCAAGUUGAGGCGACAAAAUACUAAUAAAAUAAGUAUUUUUAAAAUUUUAAAAGGGGGAUUAUAUUGAUGCCGAAUUGACAAGAAUACUGUCAGCACAUGACCUGUUUUACCUUGUAUCUGUAGAGUUAUUUGUUUUUGCAGACAUUUAAGAAAUUGCUAAAAUGUCGUAUUUCUUAAAGGGAAUUUGGUGUAAUAUUUUCACCAGGAGCAGGAUGGGAAAAAAUAAGAAUCUAGUUUUUGUCUAAAUAGUCACCCUGCAAGAUCUAAAAUCUUUGUAAAAUCUUGUCAAAAGAGAGUUGCCUUUUAAAAUUGAAUUUUUACCAUUAAAGGAAGUUUAUGUUUUUAUAGUUUAUUUAACAGGGACAAUGCAAAUUCACACUUGAGCCUGUUACAAACAAGCUGUAGUAACUAAUGUUUACACCUGUUUUCCAGUCAGAUCACGAUGAGGAGGUGCAUUUAUGCUCCCUCUGGCACAGUCAUCUUAAUGUCCUGUGCCAUGAUGCGCCAUUAUUUCCAAAUAUUUGUGUGUGUGUGUGUGUGUGUGUGUGUGUGUGUGUGUAUGUAUGUGUGUGGUAGCACUGCUUCAGUCACGAAGGGGCACACGAGGUGGACGAGGGAGUUUAUACGGGAACAUCACAAUAAUAAUAAUAAUAAUAAUAAUAA